AGAAGCUCCUGAGAGGGUGGGGACAGAGCUUCAGGGAAGACAAAUAUAUGAACCUGGUUGGUACAACACAGCUUCCCCAGACCCACCCACCCACCCUCCUCGCCGCGGGAGCUCCGUGCUUUUGGGGGCUGCAGGAGGCUGACGGCUGCUGGUGUAGAAGGGACAGCUCGAGCAGCGGCUGCUUGGGCGGAGGAGAAACCAAACCCUGCUGAAGGAAAUGGGAACAGGGCGCCUUCACCUUCAAGCGGGUGAGCGCUCCUGACCUGCGACCCACAGUCUUCCCGCCCGCCCGCUCGCUCGCCCGCUCGCUCGCGGCGGGGUCGGGCAGCGCCGGCUGGACCCGCCCUGAGCUCCAUGGUUUGCUCAGCCCUGCGCGAUGGUGACUCUGGGCGCGGAGGCUGGCGACAGGAGAGCCCACAGACCUCAAAAUGAAGGCGGGGAGCGAGGCGGCCGGCCCGCGGGGGCUGUCUCCCCGACCCCAGCGCCCAGGGAGGCGGCACAGCCACCCGAGCACGGGGAACGCCAACAAGUAGUUUCUCGUCAGAGACGGGCGGCUCAGCUGGGCGCCAAGACUCCUUCCCGCUGCCCUGAGAACCUCGUCCACCUGGAAACCAAAGCCGCACGACUUUUUCUCUCGGUCUCGCUAAGUCAUGUCUGAGCCACAGAGAUGGGCAAGAUCGAGAACAACGAGAGGGUGAUCCUCAAUGUCGGGGGCACCCGGCACGAGACCUACCGCAGCACCCUCAAGACCCUGCCCGGGACGCGCCUGGCGCUGCUCGCCGCCUCCGAGCCCCAGGGCGACUGCCCGACCGCGGCGGGCGACAAGCGACAGCCCUUGCCCCCUCCGCUCUCGCCACCUCCGCCGCGACCGCCCCCGCUGUCCCCCGGCCCCGGCGGCUGCCUGGAGGGCGGCGCGGGCAACUGCAACUCCCGCGUGGGCGGCGGCGGCGGAGACCACCACCCCGGCGGCAGCGGCGGCCGCGAGUUCUUCUUCGACCGGCACCCGGGCGUCUUCGCCUAUGUGCUCAACUACUACCGCACCGGGAAGCUGCACUGCCCCGCCGACGUGUGCGGGCCGCUCUUCGAGGAGGAGCUGGCCUUCUGGGGCAUCGACGAGACCGACGUGGAGCCCUGCUGCUGGAUGACCUACCGGCAGCACCGCGACGCCGAGGAGGCGCUCGACAUCUUCGAGACCCCCGACCUCAUCGGUGGGGACCCCGGGGACGACGAGGACCUGGCAGCCAAGAGGCUGGGCAUCGAGGAUGCGACGGGGCUAGGGGGCCCCGACGGCAAGUCGGGCCGCUGGAGGAGGCUGCAGCCGCGCAUCUGGGCCCUCUUCGAGGACCCCUACUCUUCCAGAGCCGCCAGGUUUAUUGCCUUUGCCUCCUUGUUCUUCAUCCUUGUCUCAAUCACAACCUUUUGUCUGGAGACACAUGAAGCUUUCAAUAUUGUUAAGAACAAGACAGAACCAGUCAUCAAUGGCUCAAGUGUCAUUCUCCAGUAUGAAAUUGAAACGGAUCCCGCCUUGACAUAUGUAGAAGGAGUGUGUGUGAUCUGGUUUACUUUUGAAUUUUUAGUCCGUAUUGUUUUUUCACCCAAUAAACUUGAAUUCAUCAAAAAUCUUUUGAAUAUCAUUGACUUUGUGGCCAUCCUCCCAUUCUACCUGGAGGUGGGACUCAGCGGGCUGUCAUCCAAAGCUGCUAAAGACGUGCUCGGCUUCCUUAGAGUGGUCAGGUUUGUGAGGAUUCUAAGAAUAUUCAAGCUCACUCGCCAUUUUGUGGGUCUGAGGGUGCUCGGACACACUCUUCGAGCUAGUACGAAUGAAUUUUUGCUGCUGAUAAUCUUCCUGGCUCUAGGAGUUUUGAUAUUUGCUACCAUGAUCUACUAUGCUGAGAGAGUAGGAGCUCAACCUAACGACCCAUCAGCUAGUGAACACACGCAAUUCAAAAACAUUCCCAUUGGUUUCUGGUGGGCUGUGGUCACUAUGACUACUCUGGGCUAUGGAGACAUGUAUCCCCAGACAUGGUCAGGGAUGCUGGUGGGAGCCCUGUGUGCUCUUGCUGGAGUGCUGACAAUAGCCAUGCCAGUGCCAGUCAUUGUCAACAAUUUUGGAAUGUACUACUCUUUGGCAAUGGCGAAGCAGAAACUACCAAGGAAGAGAAAGAAGCACAUCCCACCUGCUCCUCAGGCAAGCUCGCCUACAUUUUGCAAGACAGAAUUGAACAUGGCCUGCAAUAGCACACAGGGUGACACCUGUCUGGGCAAAGACAGUCGACUUCUGGAACAUAACAGAUCAGUGUUAUCAGGUGACGACAGUACAGGAAGUGAGCCGCCACUAUCGCCCCCAGAAAGGCUCCCCAUCAGACGCUCUAGUACCAGAGACAAAAACAGAAGAGGGGAAACAUGUUUCCUACUGACGACAGGUGAUUACACGUGUGCUUCUGAUGGAGGGAUCAGGAAAGUGUUGCACAGAAUUUAUCAUGAAUUUUUGACUGCUGAAAAAGGGACAAUGGAAUUUGGUCAUACCAAGGACUAUACUGGAAAGAGAUUUCUGCUACUGAAUGUGUCUCCCUAUGUGACCAGAUUGUACUUGGAAGAGGUUGCUGCAUCUUCACAAAGCACCUAAAACUUAUCAAAGAACUGUGGCUGGAACUCAUUUGGUGCUCCCCAUAUGAGUGGCCUGCCUGAAGUCUGGCCAAGGUCUAUGGAACAACUGUAAAUACCAACAGGUGGUGUGCAUGGGUCCACAACAGCUUUGACCAUCUCACAUCAAGGGGGGCCAAAUCCACGAUCAACAUCUCUGAUGCUCCAGAUAGGCCCAACAUCAAAUCAUGGGCCUGUAGUAGGCUGUGCUGUGAAUUAUACAAGGCAUUGAUGUGAUGUAGCAUAGGUCUGUCUUAAUUUCUCUUAUUUUGCUUUGUUGGUUGGAUCCAUGGACACUGGCUAUCUCAUUUUCCUAUAAACGACUUAAUUAUCAACUUGUCAAUUACGUUACAAAGGUUUUUAGUGUUUAGUUAUCAACACUGACCUACUUUGAUUCAUGUAUUUGUUCAGUUCUGAAAAAUUGUUACAACUUGUAAGAAACUCACCAAAAUUAUUUAUAAUUUAAGUCUUUUGUCAUUGUUACCUCAAUUAUAAAUACUAUAAAAAUAAGAUUCUGGCAAUGAGAGUAUUUUUUUAUUAAAUGAUCAAGGAACAAUGUUAGCCUGUAGUAGAAUAGUAAUCAAAUUAUAUCCUAAAGUGUAUAUUUUGCAUAAAAGAGAUAUUCUUCAAUCAAUUUUGUGAGUUUUGUGUGCAAAUGAAGCUUGUAUUUGUCUAUAAACUGUUGUAGUUAAAACUAUAUAAGAAAUUUUCUUCUUGCAUAAUCAAUUAUUUCCGGAAUCAAUUAGUUCCCCUGGGAUUCUGAAUAUAACAAAGAUCCUAAUUAUAAAUCCCUGUGUUGUGAUCCUUUUGUGAACAUUUCAAGGUGCAUGCACAACCUUGGUGAACACCAAUGGAAAUAUAACACCAAUGGAAAAUGUAACUGAAAUGAAGAAUAAAAGGCAAAAAACCUGGGGAUAAA